UCUGCUCUCUCCCGGUCAGUUUCAGUAUUCAGGGAUGUGAGGAGCUGCGGGUCGGCUGUAGCUUUUCAUAUCGAUGCUGACAGAGAAGCUGGAAUUGUUUUAACAUAUUUAAUAUAACGAGGACUUUCUUAUAUAAACACACGGAAAGGAGCUGUUGAAGGACUGGUCCACAGCAGGACUCUUCAGAAAAUACUGAAAGAUCAACUUAAAGUAACAAAUCUCCACAAACACCACCAAAGCAGGACACACAUCUAGUCAACUGCGUUUAGUUCUCGGCGUACUUCACAUUUCAGCUUCUCUGUGCAUGCAAAUGGCGUGCUGUCUAAAAGACGAGCUCCUGUGUUCCAUCUGUCUGAGCAUUUACCAAGAUCCAGUGAGUUUUGGCUGCGAACACUACUUCUGCCGCAAGUGUAUCACUGAGCACUGGAACAGACAAGAGCACCAUGGCACGCGCGAUUGUCCUGAAUGUCGGAGGACUUUCACCAGCCCACUGCUCUCGCCAAGCCUCAAGCUCUCCAACAUCGUGGAGAGGUACUCGGCUUUCCCACUGGACGCAAUCCUUAAUGCACAGAGGAACACAUACCCAUGCAAGGAUCAUGAAAAGGUCAAGCUUUUCUGCCUCAGUGACAAGAGUCUUGUGUGCUUCUUCUGUGAUGAGCCUGCCCUACAUGAGCAGCACCAGGUGACCACUAUUGAUGAAGCCUAUGAAGAAAUACAGCGAGAGAUGAAGGAGCAACUGGCAGCUCUGCAGGAGAGCGAGAGGGGACACACAGAAGCUCUUCAGCUGUUGCAAAGGCAGCUCACCGAGACCAAGUCCUCAGCUAAGAGCCUGAGAGCUACGAUCGGUGAAGCAUUCGAGCGACUGCAUCGCUUCCUGCGUGAGAGACAGAAGAGUAUGCUUGAGGAACUUGAGGCAGAUACGGCUCACACGUUGACCGACAUCGAGCAAAAGCUACAGCGCUACAGCCAGCAGCUCCGUGACGUAACGGAGGGAAUCCAGAUCCUGCAGGAGAGGCUCAGCGAGACCGGCCGUCACGAGUUCCUGGAAGGGGUGGCCCUAACAUCUGAAAGAGAGCAAGUGAUUCGAGGAAGGUAUUGCUGGUGGAAGAUACCCAGAAUAAAGGGCAAAAUACAUGAAACCAACCUCACCUAUGAAGAUUUCCCAACAUCUAAAUAUAUGGGGCCGUUACAGUACACAAUCUGGAAGUCUCUGUUCCAGGAUAUAUCUCCAGUGCCCGCUGCCUUGACGCUGGACCCCCUGACGGCCCACCAGCGGCUCAUCCUGUCAGACGACUGCACCAUAGUGGCGUACGGCAACCUGCACCCGCAACCUCUUCAGGACUCGCCUCGCCGCUUCGACGUAGAAGUGUCCGUUCUGGGGGCAGAGGGCUUUUGCUCUGGCGUUCACUACUGGGAAGUGAUGGUCUCUGAGAAGACCCAGUGGAUGAUCGGCGUGGCCAAUGAAAUGGUCAGUCGCAAGGGCAACAUCCAGAUCAGUCCGAGCCGCGGCUUCUACUGCAUCGUGAUGCAUGACGGCAACCAGUACAGCGCCUGCACUGAACCCUGGACCCGUCUCAAUGUUAAAAGCAAGCUGGAGAAAGUGGGAGUGUAUCUAGAUUACCCGAAAGGUUUGCUGGUCUUCUAUAAUGCUGAUGACAUGUCCUGGCUCUACACCUACCGAGAGAAGUUCCCUGGCAAGCUGUUUCCGUAUUUCAGCCCUGGUCAGAGUCACGCCAACGGGAAGAACGUGCAGCCACUGCGGAUCAACACUGUGCGACUAUAGGAUAAAUAAAUAUAUACAUCUAUGUUUCAAGCUUAUAAAGACAAAUAAGUGUAUUUUUGUCAGGAAGUCAGAAUAAGUAUGCACCCAAUGUUUGUGCUGUAGGAUAUUCACUCAAUGGUCUUAAUGGCACCAUAAUGUUUUGACCCCUGUAGCAAAAAUAUGGAUAGGAAAUAAUAAUGGAGGUUCUUGCAUAUUUUGAAGACACCUCUGAGCUUCUUUUUUUAGUGUUGCUGGUCAUUUGCAAUCACGUCAUUUUGCCCUUUUGCUCACUCUGCUGCUCUUAUACAAUGCCCCAACUCAUGUCAUGUCAGCCCCCAGAGGCCACGUUCUCCCUCACCCCGUUUUGUUGAAGAGAGAGUUUCUGUGUUUGCAGCCAGUGCUGUGAAGAAAUAUCACCUAUUAAUCACUGUGCAAGCAGCUUGGUGUGUUUGUGGAUUGUCCACUGCUGUACUGCUACGCUAUAUUACUGUUUCUUAGCACCGGUUCUGUUCUAUCCUGUGUUCGCUCGUGACUGAUGAGAUCCUGAGCCUUUUCUUCAUUUCACAGUGGCACCAUUUGUUCCUCAGGUGAUAUUUUUCGACGACGAGGGUCUGCCAGCUUGACUUUGCAGUCCACCAGCAGUAAAUCACAACCUGACCGUCAAAUUGUGCUAAUUUGUGAGUGUUCGUGAGGUGAAUUUUUAUACGAGACCUGACACCUCUGUGUCGUUCCCUCUGGUCACCAGCUGUCACAACAUGCCUUUGUACUUAUUGUGAUUGAUCGUGUGACCUUAUACUUUUCCUGUCCAUCAACAUUAGUGUUUUAUUUUUAUACACAUAUAUUUUUAUUCUACUGGUGUUUGCUUCCUAGUACAUUCCUUUACCGCUGUGUUUUCUCCCUGAGCAUCCUGCUGGAAACCAGCAUGUUAAAACGAGCAAAGGAUUACUAUUCUGGGCCAUCUGUCUACUUGAAGUAAUCUAAUGAGGCAGAAAUGGUGCACGGUGGUUGUUUGAUUUUGCAAUUACCCAAAAUCUGCAAAGUCACUUUAUUAGUCUUUUUUUCUCCUUAUGAAUGAAGAUAAAAUGAAAGCAAAACGAAUGGGCCAAAUAUGUUUCGUUUUUAAAACCUGUAUGUUGUUCAGUGUAAAUACUGUAGUUCUGUCUAAUAUUUGUUGUGGUUCAAUGAGGGCAGAUACCUAAAGGGUUUGGCCAUUAGAGUCAUAAAAGCACUGCACUAAAUUCUAAAGAACACUACACCUGCUCCUGAAUGCACUUUCAGAUGUUCUCAGUUUGCCCUAAAGGGCUGGAACCACUACUGCAGUGUAAACAUGUGGUAUACUGAUAUCCUCUACGGCCCAAUUAUGAAACGCAGCUCCUUUUGUGCAAAUACUUAUGGGAGCUUUUAAUGGUUCUUUGUAUGUGGUCUUUCUCCCAUAUCACCAAUAACCAGUUCCUACAAUAUUGUGUCUCAGAAAGUACCGUACCCAACAGAAAAAUGUGACCCUGGUCUGGACAAAAGGAGUUCAUGAAUUAGAGAUCAUGUGACUUUGUAUCUUUUGGUUGAAAGAAUAUUCCUGUGACCUCAUUUCUAUCCACCGCAUCUGUAGUAUCAGUAAUUACACUCAAGCCAGUCUCGAAACUUCAUGAAGGGUUUUAAUCAUCAGUUACAAACUUCUAACCACCUUCAAGUGGAACUGCUUUGACCUCUUUUUAAAUGUUAAUCUCUUGAAGAAACACAGCACAUUGUAAAGUAUGUAAAAAUAUGACCUUGAUUAAAAUGUGGCCCGCCUGCUGUUUAUUUUACUCCAGUGCUUUUUGAAGCCCCCACCCCCUUAAAAAAAUUGCUGUAUUUGCACAAUUCCAUUUCUAAUUUAUAUAAUCAGUUUCUGGGGUGCUAUGGUGGUACAUCAACAUGGCACCUGGAAGCAUUGGUUAGAUCCUUGUGGUCAUGCGCUGUCUAAGGAGUAAACAUUUGGCUUCCCCCAGCCUACCAAAUGGCAGAGUAAGAUUUGCCUGGUCUAAAUUGCCCCUAGGUGUAUGAUGCCCUAUGAUGGAUUUACCGGGAUAAAGCUGUUCUUUAAAAAGAAUCAAUAAUAAACAUUGUGAUAAUUGCAUGUAUGCUAAAGAUGCUGUUAACACUGGAGCAUUCCUUUAAAAUCUGCAGACUGUAGUCAGAGCCAACAUGAUAUUAAAGAAAUUGAAACGAAAUGUAUGUAUUUAUCUUCUAGUUUUAAAUGCUUUUUAUUUAUUGAGCGUUUUGUUAAUUUUGUGCCAUUUAUUUUGCAAAGUAAGGCAGAGAAAGUGGUCAUGUGGUCAUGUAUGAAUUCCCUGUGGAUGAUCUACACACGUCUUAGUAUUUUUAUUGCAACAGAAAGCAUUGACAGAUAGUUCUGUGAUUGUUGGAAUUCUUCAUGCAGGAUCUGCUCAGAGUCCUAUGGUAGAUUUCCAACAUUGUUACUAAACAUUGUUUUCAAUAGCUUUGGUAUUUAAAAUUUUUGUAUUGAAUUCCCUUACACUGCAUUCACAGCUUGGUCAUUUGCUUCUAAUUUUUUGAUUUAUCAUUCCAUGUAUUGAACUCGGACCUCUGAGUUAUUUAUAUUUACAUUGUGUGAUGCUUGUUGUGUUGAUGUUUAAGGGUUUGGGCAGUGCCCAGCAUUAUGUGUGGGAUGUGUUACUGUGCAUCUGGACCUCUACAGAUUUGUAUGGUGCAGGACUAUUGUCCGUUUGAGGUAGUCCUCUUUACUGGAUGGUUGUGGGUUACUGGAUGUAUUGAGUUGAUGUUUAAUUAUAAUGGUGACAAUGAUUAUGAAUCUGAUGACUGUGUUUCUGGAUGAUGGAUACUUGGGACCCAGCAUUGUGUAUACACACUGUGGUGUGCUCCUGCUGCUGGGCAUCUUUACAAUGUUUUACUGUUCGAUUAAACAAUGGUGAAACUAA